UCUGACUCUGCUGUCUGCGGGAGGAAGCUGAAGGAGGCUGGGUGUCUGGAACAUACUGUGCUCAGGGCUCACAGCUUGAUUCAUUUGAAACCAGCAUGGCAUCUGCAUGGGUUGGCGUUAAAGGAACUGUUAAAGAUGCUCCUGGCUUCAAUGCAGGCAAAGAUGCAGAUUCUGUCCGAAAAGCAAUCAAAGGACUUGGAACUGAUGAGGAUUCAUUAAUCAACAUUCUGACCCAGAGGUCAAAUGCACAGAGGCAGCUCAUUGCCAAGGAAUAUCAGGCUGCCUGUGGGAAGGAGCUUAAAGAUGACUUGAAAGGUGACCUUUCUGGUAACCUUGAACAUCUCAUGGUGUCCCUCAUUCUGUCUCCAGCUUUAUUUGAUGCAAAACAAAUAAAAAAGUCAAUGAAAGGCACGGGGACAACUGAAAGCAUAUUAAUAGAAAUUUUAGCUUCAAGGACCAGUAAACAAAUGAAAGAUGUUGGAGAUGCUUAUUAUACAGCGUAUGGUAAAAGCCUUGGGGAUGAAAUUAGUUCUGAGACAUCGGGUGAUUUCAGGAAAGCCCUGCUGUUCUUAGCCAAUGCCAGACGUGACGAAAGUUCAAAAGUGGAUGAACAUCUUGCUAAAAAAGAUGCAGAGGUCCUAUACAAUGCAGGGGAGAAAAAAUGGGGAACAGAUGAAGAUAAAUUUAUUGAAGUUCUCUGUUUGAGAAGCUUUCCCCAACUCAGACUAACAUUUGAAGAGUACAAGAAAGUCAGCAAUAAAACUAUUGAAGAGAGCAUUGCUGGUGAAAUCUCUGGCCAUCUUGAAGAUUUACUUCUUGCCAUAGUGAAAUGUGCAAGGAACACUCCAGCUUUUUUUGCUGAAAGGUUACACAAAUCACUCAAGGGUGCCGGGACAGAUGAGUUCACCCUGACAAGAAUAAUGGUUUCUAGAUCUGAAGCUGAUCUUCUGGAUAUACGUUCUGAAUACAAGAAGCUGGCUGGGUACUCUCUGCAUUCCGCAAUCAAGUCUGAUACGUCUGGGGAUUAUGGGGCAGCACUCCUGAAACUUUGCGGAGGUGACGACUAAAUGAAAAAGGAAAGAA